AUGGUCUCCUUUACCGCCAGUCUUGUCGCCUUCGCGACCAUCAUGGGCGUCAUUGCUAUGCCUACGGAGGGCCUUACUGAGGCCACCGUCGCGAAGCGCAGUACCCCCAACGGCUCGGGUAACAACAAUGGCUUCUACUAUCAGUUUUGGACUGAUGGCGCUGGUGGCACCGCGACCUACACGAACAAGGCGGCCGGCGAGUACUCUGUGACAUGGCAGAGCAUCUCAGACAUGACCUCCGGCAAGGGCUGGAAGUCUGCGCAGCCCAGGAACAUUACUUUCACUGGCAACGUCAAGGCACAAGGCAACUUCUACCUUGCCGUCUACACAUGGUCGCAGCGCGGCGAAAACUACAUUCUCGAGAACUACGGCACGUACAACCCCUGCAGUCAGGGCCAGAAGAUGGGCACCAUCACCAGCGAUGGCAGCAGCUACGAGAUCUGCACCGUCAACCGCGGAAACGGAUACAUCCAAAACUGGUCUAUCCGUCAGAACAAACGUUCCAGCGGUACCGUCACCACCGCAAACCACUACAACACAUACACUGCUCAUGGCAUGACGCACAACCCUCUCAGCGAAGCCGCUUACCAGAUCGUGUCUACCGAGGGAUUCGGCAGCUCCGGCUCGGCUGACAUUACCGUGUCCAGCCCUUAG